UUAAUCUGUGAUAAAGGGUGAGUGAACUGCCUCAUUGUUAUUUAUUGCAUUUGACUCUAAUAAUACAUUAAUUAGCCGUUUUACGGGUACAGUGAGUGCAAUAACAUACAUAACAGGUCGUGACAGCCAUGCAGAUGUGAGUAAUAUCAGAGGUGUGGCGCGUCGUUGUGGGGCGUUUUGAUAUAUCUUAGUGCUGUGACGUUUGGUGUUAAGAAAAAAUAUUCCUAUCUCGCCACAAGAUGACCGAGUAUAAAUUGGUAGUGGUGGGCGCUGGCGGCGUCGGUAAAUCAGCUUUGACAAUACAGCUGAUACAAAACCACUUCGUGGACGAGUACGAUCCCACUAUCGAGGAUUCGUAUAGGAAGCAGGUUGUGAUCGACGGGGAGACGUGUCUCCUCGAUAUUUUGGACACGGCGGGUCAAGAGGAGUACUCCGCGAUGAGGGACCAAUACAUGCGAACGGGGGAAGGGUUUUUACUGGUGUUUGCAGUGAACAGUGCUAAGAGUUUUGAAGAUAUAGGCUCAUAUAGAGAACAAAUAAAACGUGUGAAGGACGCGGAAGAAGUGCCAAUGGUAUUAGUUGGUAACAAGUGUGAUUUGCAAGCAUGGGCUGUGGAUAUGGCGCAAGCAAGAGAGGUGGCGCGGAGUUACGGAGUGCCCUUCGUAGAAACGUCAGCCAAAACACGAAUGGGCGUCGACGACGCAUUCUACACGCUAGUCCGCGAAAUUCGCAAAGACAAGGAGAGCCGCGGGAAAAAGUACAGGCGGGGUAACAAACUCGGCUCUAGGCGUACAUUCAAGUGUACGUUACUCUAAGUUAAGGCUUCUAUCAGUAAUUGUAAUUUUGAACUGUGCAGGGCUUAGUAUACAGUGUGGUUUUCAAUACGGAUCGGAUAUACGGCUAAUCGAACGACGUACGGUCUACGCGUGAAAGGGAGAGAGUACUCUGUCACGUACCAUAGACAAAUGUUCCCUCCCUUUCGCACCGGUUGAGAUUGACGUUACUGCUUGAUUGUCGGUGUCGUGUGUUGCUACAUGCCAAUUUUACUAUCUACACAAUUUACAAGUGAUAUUAUAAAAAAGAAGAUAUUCAUAUCUAAGUUUGAUGUUUGAUGACCAACCUAAAUAAAAAUGAAGUGAAUGUUGUGAGCCACACAAAUUUUUGGGAAGAUGUUAAAAGAAAUGAAUAUGUUAGUAAACUUUCUAUGUCUAUGGUUAUAAUGUUCAAUGUUAAUUCCUAGUUUAGUGUAGAGGUAUAGCUGUAUAGCUAACAUAUACAUGUUGGAAUAUAUAUUUAUUCCAUAAGUGUCUCAGUAUCGGAUCAAUUCAUAUUUUAAGAUUCAGCAGCCUUGGUCUUAGUAGGAUAAGAAUUAAGAUGCCUUUUUGUGGCAAGUGACAUAUUCUAUUAACUGUUCCUACUAAGGUUUGUAUUUCGUAUGCCUUUUUGAUAACGUUAACAUAUUACCGUAAAUGUGUUUAAUAUGUAGGGUUUUUUUCACUUCAAUAUUAAAAUAAUAAGAAACAUUUAUACAAAGUUUUAUUUUUUUAAUUUGCUACUUUUAUACAUUAAUUUUAAUGUUUGCUUGCAUGAAAAAUUGUAACCAUUUUCAGUGACAAUAAUACUUACUAUAAAUUUUGACGAUUAUUUCGAAGUUUUUUCUUUCACAACGCUUUUGUAUUCUUGCAACUGCAGUGUAUUGUGAUAAUAGUGCCAUGAAUAUAGAAUAGAAAAAAAUUCUAACAUCACAAUUUUUAUAAUCAAAUACUUUUCUAUGCAUAGCUUAAGAUAGCAUCCUAUCCUAUGAUAUAAAAAUAUGACCUACUAACAAAAAUAAAAUGUAAGGAAUCCAGAUGAAACUAAUGCACCAUGUUUAAUUAAGAUGAUAUUAAUUUUAAAAUUUAUCUUUAUGCACAAAUAAUUCAGCUUUUUGCUCUCAUUUAUAACGGAAUAUUCAUUUUUAUAGAUACAUUAAUUAGGCCGAUAAAAACUACACUGUAUAUUAGUUCUACAAAAUAAUGAUAUGUAUUAGUAUGGUACUCUUUAAAAUUUAUUUACUACUUACCGUCAAAUUUUAACAAUUAUCAAAUUUAAAUAACUUUUUCCAAGUAAUGUUAUGUGUUAUACACAUUGUAAUGCGUGGGAGGUUGGCGUUGAAUUUCUACAAU